GCCUCCUCCCCCUUCAUUUUCUCGAAGCGCUUCCCUUCCCUUCGCUUCCCCGCACAAUCUGCAAACGCGCCACCCGUCGCUCAUAAACCCCUCUCCCUCUCUCUCUGGCCGACACAUGGACCCCACCGCUCCCAACUCCGGCGACGCCAACGGCGGCGCGGCCGCCGACGCCACCGCCCCGUCCAACACCACCGUCACCCUCCCGCCGCUCACCCUCCGCGACGUGCCCCUGCUCCCGUCGGCGGCGGCGGCGACCGACACGAUCCCCAACCCGAUCUCCCGCCACCCCUACUUCCACCCGCCGGCCACCUUCUACAUCUCCCCGGGUGACGUCUCCCUCCGCCACGCCUUCUUCGACCUCGCCUCCGCGUCGCCGUCCCCGCUCGUCGCCUACCGCCGCGCGGGGCCGCGCGCGGGGGUCGCCGUGGACCCCGCCCGCGCGCGCGCCGCGGUCGUCACCUGCGGGGGGCUCUGCCCGGGCCUCAACACCGUCCUCAGGGAGCUCGUCGUCGGCCUCCGGGAGCUCUACGGCGUCCGCGACGUCUUCGGCGUCGCCGCCGGCUACCGCGGGUUCUACGGCCCCGACGCCGACCACGCCCGCCUGGACCUGGCCGCCGUCGACGACUGGCACAAGAAGGGCGGCACCGUGCUCAAGACCACCCGUGGUGGCUUUGAUCUCAACAAGAUCGUUGACGGCAUCGUCGCGCGCGGGUAUACGCAGGUUUAUGCAAUUGGAGGGGAUGGAACAAUGAGAGGAGCUGUGGCCAUCUUCAACGAGUUUAAGCGCCGUGGUUUGAACAUUUCUAUUACAGGGAUCCCGAAAACUGUGGACAAUGAUAUCGGCAUCAUAGACAGGUCAUUUGGGUUCCAAACCGCAGUGGAGAUUGCUCAGCAGGCAAUCGACGCAGCACAUGUCGAGGCUGUGAGCGCCGUGAAUGGCAUUGGACUUGUCAAACUUAUGGGCAGGAGCACAGGCCACAUUGCUCUUCAUGCCACCCUGAGCAGCCGCGAUGUUGACUGCUGUUUGAUUCCUGAGGUUGAUUUCUAUCUUGAAGGAAAGGGGGGCCUGUUUGAGUUCUUGUAUGAAAGGAUAAAACAGAAGGGACAUGCUGUUGUCGUUGUUGCUGAAGGUGCUGGUCAGGAAUUGAUUCCAAGGACUGACGAUCAAAAGCGGGAGCAGGACGAGUCCGGCAACAUUGUGUUCCUUGAUGUGGGUCCCUGGUUAAAAUCUGAGCUGGGUAAAUGGUGGAAGAGAGAACACCCAAGCGAGUUGUUCACUGUGAAGUAUAUCGAUCCCACUUACAUGAUACGAGCUGUUCCAGCAAAUGCCACUGACAAUCUGUACUGUACAUUGUUGGCACAUUCGGCGAUCCAUGGGAUCAUGGCUGGGUACACUGGCUUCGUCCCUGGCCCGAUUAAUGGAAACUAUAGCUACAUACCGCUGGAAGAUGUUGCUGUGGCGAAGAACCCGGUGGAUGUGAAUGAUCACAAAUGGGCAUGGGUUAGAUCAGUCACAAACCAACCAGAUUUCAUGAAGCCAAAAUACUAAGACCAAAAGUGCUGUUACUGGACAUGGUUGUAUGACUUUUUCUCCCUGGAGCCUUGACACGUUAAGCUUGAUUUCUUUCUAUCCAGUUUCUUCUCUUGUUAUGCCGAUCUAUCUAUAAGAUGUUAGGUAUUCUGAUCUCCCUGGUUUGUGUUUGUGUGCACUUGAAAUCGUGUUAGCAGGUAUUGCUGUAAAUCUGUAGUACAUAAAUAAAUGAAGUGGCAGGAAAUGUUGUUCUCCA